UGCCUCGAUCACGCUCCCCCCAGCUGAGUCUGCGGAAGUGGAAGGAUGUGCAGACUCAGAGCUGCCUGAAUGGUUCCGUAAGGAAUGAGAGACCACAAGUCGCGGUUUGAUCUUCAGCAGCCCGGAUUCGUUUUGAGCCUCGUCUUGCACCCCUACCCCACUCCUUACCUCCACGUCAGCAUUACUCAUUUCCUACACGAAGUGCUGCUGUGGCAUCAGUAUAUCCUGUCAUAGCUGGAGAAGCUGGUGUGGCUGCUGUCCCUCCCUGAUGCCUGUUUCUCCAGGCUAUGCAGGUCUUAAACAAAAUGAUCCUAUGAACUCUCUGCGCAUCUCUGUUGGAGGGCUCCCAAUGCUGGCAUCCAUGACCAACACCACCGACUCCCGCUUCCGCAUCAAAUGGAAAGCCAUUUUGGUGGUAGCGUCAGCGCUAACCUUCGUCCUCCUCUUCUACAUGCAGUUUCUGCGCUUUCACCCCCAACCCAGAGGCAAACAUGGUUUGAGGUUAAGUCAUCAGGGGGUGAGAUUGGAGGGCCGCUACAAUGACACAUACCCCCUCAGUCCACCAGAGCGCACAGAACAGGGCACACGCUACCGAAUAGGGGUCAUCGCUGACCUAGACACAAACUCACUCAGCGAAAAGAAGCUGACCUGGUUUAGCUACAUGCUGAAGGGUCACCUCCUGUUGUCGGAGAGUGGGGAUACAGUGGUGGUUGAAUGGGAUCAGGACAGGGUGAUCUUGGAAAGUCACCUGGCAGAGAAAGGUCGGGGCAUGGAACUCUCCGAAUUAGUGGUGUUUAAUGGCAAACUGUACAGCGUGGAUGAUCGUACGGGAGUUGUAUAUAAUAUAGAUGGACUUAAAGCAGUUCCCUGGGUCAUAUUGCCAGAUGGGGAUGGCUCAGUUUCAAAAGGGUUUAAGGCUGAGUGGCUUGCAGUAAAGGAUGAGCACCUAUAUGUGGGGGGUUUGGGGAAGGAGUGGACCACCACCAGUGGGAAAGUGCUGAAUGAAAAUCCUGAAUGGGUAAAAGUUGUGGGAUUCCAUGGAGAUGUACAGCACCAGAACUGGGUUCCUAAGUAUAAUGCUCUCCGCAGCGCUGCAGGCAUCAGCCCCCCUGGGUACCUCAUACAUGAGUCUGCAGCUUGGAGCGACACAUUACAACGCUGGUUCUUCUUGCCACGACGUGCUAGCAGCGAUCGAUACGAGGAGACAGCAGAUGAGCGACGGGGCACUAAUCUAAUGCUCAGUUGCUCACCAGACUUCCAAGACAUUAAAGUGAGAAACAUUGGGCCCUUGAACCCUACGCAUGGCUUUUCUUCCUUUAAGUUUGUCCCCAACACAGAUGAUCAGAUUAUUGUUGCUCUAAAGUCUGAGGAGGACGCAGGGAAAGUUGCCACUUACAUUGUGGCGUUCACGCUGGAUGGCCGAAUCCUUCUUCCUGAAACUAAGAUUGGUGACGUGAAGUAUGAGGGACUUGAAUUCAUUUAGUGUCAAAGGGAUUGCAUGAAGGUAAAUACAUGCCAAGGACUGGUGAAUACCUUCUUCUAGAUGAUGUACAUCUAGAUGUAGACAUUGAGGUGUCUUUAUGUUGAAAUAGUUGAAUGAUGUUCAAAUAAUGCCAACUGGCUAUUGGCAGCCAUUGCCUAAAAUGUGAUUGUGAUUAUAGAGACUAAAGGAACUAGUACACAUUGAGCCUUUAUUUUAAAAGACUUAGCAGAGCCUUCAUCGUUUAAAUUUCUUUAUUGCCAUUUUCAACUAUCACCAUGUGUUUUCAAGCCAGUACUGUACUUACCAUGUAAUGAAUGUAACAGAGUGAAUGAAGUGAAGUUAUAGACUAUAGUACAUGCAUAAAAUAGUUUACUGUAAACAGAUUAUUGCAGUUGCCAUAUAGUUUUGUUGAAUGUCUUUUUUUAAGUUGUUUUUGUUUUGUUUGUUUUGUUUUUCAUUCUUGAUCAGUGUCUUUAACAGAUUGGAUACUUUAAAAAAAUAACUGGAAAUAACUGAACUGUCAAAAAUAUCUACUUUUAUUCUUCAUUGAUGCACCAGAGCUAUUUAUUUGUUGUUGCUGUUUUUUUUUUUUUUCUGAAAACAACAGAUUGAAGAUUUUUAAGAAAGAGUUUAGUGUACCUCAUACUUUUAUCCAGUUGUUUGAAUUAGUCAGUUUAUAUGGUUUUAGGGAUUUUGUUAAAAAAAUGUAAUAAAAACAAAAUUGAUAACAUUUGAUUUGAAUGCACAGGA